CCCACCAUGUUCGCGGACGAGCUCAAGACCCUCCGGAGGCUAGGAGUUCGCCAUGUGUUGCUGCAGAUCCUCAACUUUGUCUCCGUCCUCGCCUCCGGACUCAUGAUCUGGAAGGGCUUGGGUCUCAUCACGAACACGGAGUCUCCUAUCGUUGUUGUGCUCAGUGGCUCUAUGGAACCGGCGUUCUAUCGUGGCGACCUCCUCUUCCUCACAAACCCCACCGACCAGCUAUAUAAGACCGGCGAUAUCACUGUGUACAAGAUUCCGGGCGCUGAUAUCCCCAUCGUCCACCGAGUGUUGGAGACGCACGAUUGGACCCCGGCGGGAAAGAAGGAUGCUGUCGCAGCGAGUCCGCUAGCACAAAGGCAGCGACUGCUGACCAAGGGUGACAACAACCACAUAGACGACAUCGAGCUCUACCAGGGUUUGGAGUGGUUAGAACGGAAGCACAUCGUCGGCAAAGUCAGGGGAUUCCUACCAUACGCUGGCUAUGUGACUAUUGCCAUGAACGAUUUCCCGCAGCUGAAGUACGCCCUGCUGGGUGGCCUCGGGCUUUUGGCACUUGUUCAGAGGGAGUAAGGGCAACUCUCAGCUAUCUUGUACUUUAGAUCGUAUCUUAUCCUCUCGCGCAUUCUGAUGGCAUUUCUCCGACG